CAUUAUUAUGUUUUCUUUUCCAGAGUCCUUAAACUUAUCCUUAAUCGCUUCAAGAUGGUUAGGGAGGACAAGAGCGCCUGGAAGGCUGGAUAUUUCGAGAAGUUGGCCACCCUCCUCGAGGAAUACCCUAAAUGCUUCAUCGUUGGGGCUGACAAUGUCGGAUCCAAGCAGAUGCAGGAGAUCCGUAUCGCCCUCCGUGGUAAGGCUGUUGUGUUGAUGGGUAAGAACACCAUGAUGCGCAAGGCCAUCAGGGGACACUUGGAGAAGAACCCCGAGCUCGACAGGCUUCUGCCUCACAUCAAGAACAAUGUUGGGUUUGUUUUCACCAAGAACGACCUCACUGAAGUCCGUGAUCUCCUGGUCGCUAACAAGGUUAAGGCCCCUGCUAAGGCUGGUGCCCUUGCCCCCCUGGAUGUCGUUGUCCCUGCCCAGAACACCGGUAUGGGUCCUGAGAAGACUUCUUUCUUCCAGGCCUUGAGUAUCCCAACCAAGAUUACCAAGGGUACAAUUGAGAUUAUCAGUGAUGUCGAUCUGAUCACAGCUGGAGAUAGGGUUGGUAUGUCCGAAGCUACUCUCCUGAACAUGCUGAAGAUGUCUCCCUUCACUUACGGUCUGGUUGUGCAGAAGGUCUACGAGGCCGGAUCAGUCUUCGACCCCGCUAUCCUCGACAUUACCGAGGCUGAUAUUAAGGCCAAGUUCAUGUCCGGAGUCGCCAGCGUCGCUGCAGUCAGUCUCGAGAUCGGAUACCCUACUAUGGCUUCUGUGCCCCACUCUCUGGUGAAUGGCAUGAAGAACCUGUUGGCUAUCGCUGCCGUCACCGAUAUCACCUUCAAGGAGGCUGAGAUGAUCAAAGAGUUCUUGGCUGACCCUAGUAAGUUUGCCGCCGCUGCUCCAGCUGCCGCCGCUGCUGCUCCCGCAGCUGCUGCUGCCAAGCCUGCCGCUAAGGUCGAGGAGGAGGAAGAAGAAGAUGAUGAUAUGGGAUUCGGUCUCUUCGAUUAACUCGAAAUCUCUUUAACAAGGGUUUUAAUCCUUCCAAGGCAAAUAAUAUUUUCUGAUUUCAGA